AUGGGAGACCUCAAACAUGUCCAAGAUGCAUUCGACGCAGCCAGUGACUUUUUGAGCCCGGUGCUUAAUCGAGAGGAAAUACAAAAUUCCCAGGGAAAAUCACUACUGGAAAUCCUGAGCAAGGAUUCAGACGUCUCCGGGAUCGAUGAUAGUGAUGCCAGAACGACCGUGAUCGACAAGGCGUUGGACAUCUUGAACCGGAUCCACGCGGCUUUUGUCAGACCGGCAGAGAGCCAGUCUGAAUCUCAAAGGGCUGCAGGUUCUGGGGGAGAUGCAGAUCUUGAAGAUGCAAAGCGACGCCGGAUGCUCCAUGCAUUGCUGGACUUGAUCUCCCUAGAAGGGAUCUACCCGUCACUGUCAUCAGGAGUUGGAAUUCCUCUGCAGCGAAGAGUGAUCUCGGUUUUGCCGGCUGGCAUUAUUGCAAAGCAGACUCAUUCACCGCCUAGCAGCAUACCUCACAAUGAGACCCUUCUUCGGCAUAUCAUGGCUAUUCUUUUGAACAUUGUCUUGGAUUCCAGAUUAAGCAUCCAGCCAGUCGUCCGAGGCCGCAUUUUGAGUGAUAUCAUAAGCGGCGUAGCAGACCUUGCAUUCAACCCCCAUAUAGCCCUGUCUCCGGACCAGACCAAGUUCCAGGAGGAAUUUGCCGCGAUCAUCAAUCAGACCCCGAGUGCAGUAUUGCUACCCACACUAUCCAACUUUCUGCAGUCGGAGACUACUCCUUGGUUCAAGGCUGCGAUUUCAAGCCAGAUCUCUCGAGUGCCACUUCGACCCCAUGGGGUCCUACAAACAAUCAUGUUCAUUGCCUCCCAGAUUGCGCCGUCACUGGGACAAGAAGCCCAAAACGAACCAUCGAGCGGGCCACAUUUUACAGUGCAAGCCAUUAUGCAAGUCUCGCGACUUCUUUCAUCUGUGCCGCAGGGCAUUGAACCGACAGCGUAUUUCACUGCAAUCGCUCCUCAACUGCUCGCACUACUCGAUGGAGAUGACCCGGACCUGAAAAAGACUGCAUCCUACACCAUUGGUAAUGGUAUACUGGGAAAGCGAGCAUAUGGUGCUCCUGGGACGAUAGGCCACUUGAUCUUCGUGGAGCCUAUCUUUGGGGCGCUGACCGCCGAGCUGGACGAUGCUUCAGGACGAUGGAUGACAAAUUAUUCGGACAUUGAAAGGUCUACUCCACCCAGCGCGGGAGAGGCGUCAGAAGACACGCUUGUCCACGCUGAUGUGGUUAGCCUGGCGAUCGACAGGCUGAGAAGUCUAGCACUGCAGCAUCCAAAUCCUGGUCUCGUCAAAAGGAUCGUGUAUCCGAUUCUUCUCCCACUAUGGGGCUUGGCUUGCUAUUCAAAGGAACAAGAACUGACUAAUUAUCAUGAAAGAAUCAUGGCACUGCUCCAGACAUACUUCGGCAUAUCGGUGGGCGCGCAGCCGCUCAAGAAACUCGUUGAUCACCUUCUUUGGGAUGGCGGCUCAAAAUGGACAUACGGUACGGACUCGCGGGGUUGCGUGGCAUUGACAAAGCGCACGAACCCGGAAGGCGAUCAGUCAAACAUCAUCAAAUUGAUAGAUUCGCUCGAAAGCCGGACUGAGCUCUUUGUCAGUUUGCUGGGCUCAGAUCCCAGUAGCGAGGAACGCACCGGUGAUAUAUUCCUCUACGUGAGCGACCGCUGGCUAGUGCAUCCCCGAGAGACUGACAGAGCGGGCAAGCCACAGAAGCUUGGUGAAUCAGACAAUAUCUUCCAGAAACUGGUCAGCGCAAAGGUGGCGGAGAAGUUGCUCGACAAUUUCAGAGACACAUUGUCUCGUCGCCCACUGCGAGUAUUGGAGCUCGUCAAGCAAGUCAUCGAUGGAGAGCUGUAUCGACUUAGGGCUGAAGAGCCUCAAAAGCACGAGCAGAAGUCAGGAAAAGUCUCACUCUCGUCACUGUCCAAUAUUGUGUCUCAGCAAAAUGUGCAAGAGGACGCUUCGGAUACGGAAGCAUCAGAGUCGCUGUCGACCGCAUUCAGCUUGUUGUCCACUGUGCUCGCAUCUCCCGAAUUCUCGAUCUCUCAAGAAACCAAGCUACUGCUUGACUCCGUGAAAAGUCAUCUUGACCAACUAAUCCCUCUUCUCCCGGCCUCUCUGUCCAAGCCAGCAACAACCUCGUCGAUGCUCUUGGAGAUCCAACUUACAUCUCCAGAGCAUGACGAUUCCAAACCAAGACCUUCUCAUGUCGCCGACCUUGAAAUUCAUCGUCAAGCUUUGGUGAACCUCAAUUCGAAUUUGCCACCCGUACAGGCCGAAGGUUUCUCAUUGCUGUUAAAGUUGAUCAUGCGCUCCUCACCUGUACUCGAUAUUCCUUCAACAUUGACACUCCUUCUCUCCAUCAUCACCGACAUAUCUGAGUCAACUGCCAAUGAGGAGUUCAUCUACCUCAAUGCGAUCAAGCUAAUUGGCACACUUGCAUCACGACAUCCACGGACGGUGUUGAAGAUCUUGGUGGACAGCUAUGUCGACAAGAAUGAACAAAGAGCCUUAGACUCACGUCUCAGGCUUGGCGAGUCUCUACUGCGCACCGUUCAAGAUUUAGGUGAUGCGCUAACUGGGGAAACUGCGAAAAUCCUCGGCGAAGGUAUGGUGGCUCUGGCAGGACGGCGAGGGCGUCGACCGGAAACACAGAAGAGUCGCAAGAAGCAAGUAGAAAAAGAGCAGCGCCGAAAAGAGCGAGAAGAGCGCAAGCAAAAAGAAUCUACUCUGCCGGCGGGAUGGUCAAUCCCGACAGAGGAAACUCAACCAAAGUUUGAAGCCGAACUGGACGACGAGUCUACAACAGAAACCCCCGAGCAGACAGCAUAUGCCGCGAACAUUGUCGCAGCAUGGGCGGCAGGUGCAUCAACAGAUGAAGAGCCAGACGACCUUCGUGUACGCGCAUCAGCCCUUUCAAUUCUCGCCUCGGCAGUUCAGACCAACAUCCUGGGUCUUGGCCCAGCCGUCGUCUCUUCAGCCGUCGACCUUGCCCUCGCGACGCUCACCCUGGAACCUGCCCCCGAGAGCGCAAUCCUCCGUCGCGCAAGUGCGAUCCUCCUCCUCGACAUCUUGAAAGCACUGGAUACGGCACGUGAAACACGGCACGGUAAGGACGUUGGCUUUGGCUUCUCCCUUACCGAUGAUCCGUACAGUCUCGGUCCACAAGACCAAUCCCGCGGUCCUUCUACCAUCGGGCAUAUCCCUUCAAUGCUGCGCACGCUUGGCUUUGUCGAAACCACGGAGACAGACUCUAUCGUGCGUGGGCAUCUGCGUGCACUGAUUGAGAGUCUAGAGGCCUGGCUGGAGAAGUCGUUGAUGUGGGGGAUAGGUGCUCAGGGAGAUGACCAGCCGCGGCUGGAAAUUGGAGAUCGGAUUGCUGGGUUGGCUGUUGAUCCCAUGGCUGGGCGAGGAGAUUUGACGAGGCCAAAGAUUGAGGAAAUAGAGUAG